AUGGGCCCCGCAGACCAGUUACUGGGCGACGAAUGCGACACGGCCAUCACAGCCGCCAUCUCGCGCGCCGCAGGGCUCAGUACAAGCGAAGGGCGGUGGGAGUACAUGGACGCCAUGAUGACUGUCGGCUGUUGGCCACUCCGCCCAAACGGGUUGACCGAUGUUGUUUGGGCACCGUUGGCUCAGGCGCGAGCUGCGUUGCUGGCAAGGAGGGAUGGUCUGGCCAUGUGGGAAGAAUGGGUCAUGGCCGACAAGAUGUCUGAACGAGGCGUCGGCACCCAACCGCCUGCCGAGCUGCGGCGGAUUCUCGCGCUGGCUCGCCAUGCGUACAAGUCAUACACGAACAGGUUCCUAGUAGUCAUGCAUGCCAACCACGCCAGCACGAUCGAACCCCUCAUCGAAGCGGCGUGCCCUCCAGGCAUCAUCUGUGGACGACCCGCCAUCCCCCCGCCUUCUGUGCUCCCCACACUCGACCUGGCGGGCCUCAUACCUGCCAUGCCCACAUGGACCGCUGGCCUGCAACCCAUAUCGCUCAACGGCCAGCCAAUGACGGGUACCAUGUUCAGCAAACAGCUACUCGUCAGCCCAGACGUCUGGUUCCCCUUUCUGUUCGUUGAAGGCCUCGUCACACCAGCCACAGGCCGUGCAGCAGGCGACAUGGUCCUCACGACAGCCAUGCGCAUGGGCGUUGCGGUCUAUGAGCAGCUGUACGAUCGCGUCAAGUCACAUCCCAGCGCGCCAGCCAUGGGCGACACGGCGGCCGGAACAGUGUAUGGUAUUACGGUCGAGAGCAGCCUCGUCACCGUGUACACUAUGCGGUUGCGGCACGAGCUGGAUAACGAGUACCAGUCGUGUCCUUCCGUACGCGUCUGGACAGGCGACAUUGACGAGCCCCGCGACAUGCUCACGUUCGUCUCCCUCCUCCUCGCCAUCCUCGACCCUACCGUUGCUUCCCAGCGCGCAUGGGCAGUGACCAACUGGAUUGCGUGUCUGCGCGACUUGGACCAACACGGGCUCGGCAAUGAGCGGCCACCACGCCGCAGGAGAGCGAGCCACGGCGCGCCGGUGGGUGCGGCGCUACGGAAUGCCAAUGGCAAGCGGGCGCGCGCGUAG